CUUGUCUGAAUACAGGUGGGAAAAGAAACUCCAUCCUUCGCCAAACUGUGUGAUAUCCGAGCCGCGGAGAGUUCAUCCUGCAUCCGUGUGUGUUACCGGGUGUGUGAGUGUGUGCGAGUGUGUGCUGAGUGUGUGUGAGUGUGUGUUGAGUGUGUGUGAGUGUGUGUUGAGUGUGUGAGAGAUGGACUACGGCCUCCCGCUGCACUUAGCCAACUUCAGCACGCUGUUCGUCUGCGCUGUGCUGAAGUUCCCGCAGAUGUUCGUGCUCUUCCGCGCCAAGUCCACCGCGGGGGUCAGUCUGAACAGCCUGCUGCUGGAGCUGCUGGGGUUCAUAGUGUUCGUCUCCUACCAGAUGUAUUAUGACUAUCCUCCUCCCACGUACCUGGAGUAUCCCAUCCUCAUCGCACAGGAUGUCAUCCUGCUGCUUCUGAUUCUGCACUACAAUGGAAACCUGAAGCAAAGCCUCAUCUAUGCAGUAGUGUUUGUAGGGGGCUGGAAACUCCUCACCAUUGAGAAGUGGGUUAUUGACCUGGCCAUGAGUCUGUGUACGUUCAUCAGUGCGGGCAGUAAACUGGCACAGCUGCAGUGUCUGUGGAGGUCUAAAAACUCAGGACAGGUCAGCACUCUCACCUGGGCUUUGGCCUCAUACACAUGUCUGGCAAGAAUCUUCACUACAGUGGUGACGACUGGAGACACUCAGGUUCUCGUCCGGUUUGUUGCCAUGACGAUCCUGAACGUGUGGGUGACACUCACGGUGAUGUACUACAAACCCGCCGCCAAGAAACAGGACUGAGACCCGUCACCAUGGAGAUCAUCCGUUCGUGGGACUGUUCAGUAUUUCAUUCCUUCUUUACCCUGGACCUCUUCUUUGUGUUGACCAGUGUCCACACCUGAUUCUCACUCACUGAUAUUUACUUAUGAAUCAGGUGAGCUGGAGUAAUGUGACCUACACUGAGUGGCCACUUUAUCAGGUUCACCUACCUUGCUAUUACACAUACUAUAUAGGGGUACAGUUAUAGACUGUAGCCUGUCUGUUGCAGUUUGUCAGCCCCCCCCUGUGGCCCUUCAUUAACUGUCAGGUUCUGACCACAGCACCGCUGUACACCCAAUAAUAUGUGGGUGCUGGUCCGUUCUCAGCACAGCAGUCACACUGACAUGGUAGUGUGGUGGUGCUGGUAUGAGCGUUUCAGGUACAGCAACAAUUGCUGGGGUUUUUUACCAUGAACUCUUACUGGCCACUUUAUUAGAAACACCCACUUUAUUGUAUCUAGAUACACCCUAAACCUGGGGGAAGCACCGUGGUUCUCACAGCAUUUGUUAACAUAUUUGCAUGUUUGAAUAAGGCUUCAAAUGAGUGUUUUAGACAUGAAGCACCUCAUGGAUUUGGCUAAAGUGAAGGUUUAGAUCAUGGCAGUGACCGCAGGAAAAAUGAGGGAUGCUUUAUACAGCUGACUGGUCAGUGGUGGUCCUAUGGUGGUCUCUUUCUACUGAUAAAUGGGGUAGAAGGUGCAUGAUAAAUGCAGCAACAGAUGGACCACAUUCAGUGACUGUAAACCCCCUGAAGACCCCAUUUAUAGUAAGUGUUUCCAAUAAAAUGGCCAGCGAGUGUAUAUAAGGUAGGUGGACUUAUUAAACUGGCAACUCAUCAACCAUUUAUUUUGACCAGUGACCCACAUUUGUUACCAGACGAAGAAGAACUUUGUGUUAAUCUGUUCCAAUUUGUUUUCUAUUGUAUGAAAAUACCUGUUGUAGUUUUUGAUGAUGUAAGAUAGAGGGCUGGUUUCUUGGAUGUGGAUUAAGCCUAGUUUGGGACUAAACUGCACUGCCAAGGGUGUUUAAAGGUCACCAAUUACUGACAGCAUUCUUUGCAUAUAUACUGAAUGUUUUUGUACACCCUGAAUCAAAUAUAUGGUAUAUAUUUUCUA